GCUGCCCGGUCUCCAGCGCGUUUCCGGUUUAACCUCUAGCUUCCGGUUCGUCGGCCGGUUCCAGUCCCGGCCUUUCACUUCCGGUGCCUUGCGUUCCGCUGCGGCCGGUUCCUGCGUUCGCCGCAGACGGUCCCGCUGCGCUCCAGGUAUUUUUUUCUGAACAAAAGCUGUAUCAACAUAUGUUUCAAGGAUGGCUCUCCCUAUCAUUGUAAAAUGGGGUGGACAGGAAUAUUCAGUGACUACACUGUCAGAAGACGAUACUGUGCUGGAUCUCAAACAGUUUCUCAAGACCCUUACAGGAGUGCUACCAGAACGACAGAAAUUACUUGGACUUAAAGUUAAAGGCAAACCUGCAGAAAAUGAUGUUAAGCUUGGAGCUCUCAAACUGAAACCAAAUACUAAAAUCAUGAUGAUGGGAACUCGUGAGGAGAGCUUGGAAGAUGUCUUAGGUCCACCUCCUGACAAUGAUGAUGUUGUCAAUGACUUUGAUAUUGAAGAUGAAGUAGUUGAAGUAGAAAAUAGGGAAGAAAACCUACUGAAAAUUUCUCGCAGAGUAAAAGAGUAUAAAGUAGAAAUUUUGAAUCCACCCAGGGAAGGGAAAAAGCUUUUGGUACUAGAUGUUGAUUAUACGUUAUUUGACCAUAGGUCUUGUGCAGAGACUGGGGUAGAAUUAAUGCGGCCAUAUCUUCAUGAAUUCCUAACAUCUGCAUAUGAAGAUUAUGACAUUGUUAUUUGGUCUGCAACAAAUAUGAAGUGGAUUGAAGCUAAAAUGAAAGAGCUGGGAGUGAGCACAAAUGCAAAUUAUAAGAUUACCUUCAUGUUGGACAGUGCUGCUAUGAUAACAGUGCAUACGCCAAGGAGAGGAUUAAUAGAUGUGAAGCCUCUUGGUGUUAUAUGGGGAAAGUUUUCGGAGUUUUACAGCAAAAAGAACACCAUUAUGUUUGAUGACAUAGGAAGAAAUUUUCUAAUGAACCCACAGAAUGGACUAAAGAUAAGGCCUUUUAUGAAAGCGCACCUAAAUCGAGAUAAAGACAAAGAACUUUUAAAAUUAACUCAGUACCUCAAGGAAAUAGCAAAAUUAGAUGACUUUUUGGACCUGAAUCACAAAUACUGGGAAAGGUAUCUCUCAAAGAAACAAGGACAGUAGUUCCAAGUUAUGCUGGCAGUUAUUGAAGAUACUUGAGAUCCAUGAACUCUUGCUUUGAUGCUAGAAAUCAUUAUAAUAGUGCUGGACACUGAAGCAAAUACCAGACUGCUUAUACUUGGUCUUCCAGUUUUUUGUAAAUUUAAUUUUAUAUUUUUUGAAGAUUAUAGCAAUAUGCUAAAAAUAUUCUCCCCCCCCCAUGUGAAUAUACUGUUACUCUUGAAAAGUAUUUUCUCCAGGAUUGAGUACUGAGGUGUCCCCCCUCCACCCCCCAUGCCACACAAACAAAAAGUGUACAAAAAUGUAUACUCAACAGUGUCAUUUUGUGACUUUGGAAACAAGUUAUGUCUUGUGUUCCUGCCUUAUUUGUGGUGUUGUUUGACUCAGUCUAAGACCAAACCCAUCUUGAAACUAUUGCUUUUCCUUUAAAACCAAAAAAAUAUUUUUUCAGUAAGGAACCUAGUUUGGUAUACUUAAAAUCACCAACAGUUUUUUUAUUCCUUUGUCAUAGACACAGUUUCUCUUCUUACUCCACUAUUGACAUCUCUAAAUUCUGAGCUGUCUCAGUUUGGCUGUAUGUGUGUCAGUGUUCUUUGAGUAAAACUGGAAAAUGUCAGCUGUGAAAGCAGUAUGUCAUAGUAUGAAAAAUAGAAAACAUAAGAUUGAAGAGUAAAACUAAGGAACACUAAUGUUUCUUUUUGGUGGCUAAGUAGAAACAUUUCUGCGUAAAACUAUUGUCACAAAAGCAGUUAAAGGCAAUAUAUUUUAAAGUGGGACAUAUCACUGAUUCAGCCCUAAAAAGCAUGAACAAAAAGUUUUUGCUCUCUUCUAGCUAUAUCUUGUCUAAGUGCAAACACUGUGUUUCAGUGAAAAUAUCUAGCUAUAAGCUUAAAAAAAUUAUUUGCAAUGCUUAAGCCUGCAGAUAUGUAAUGUGACCACUGUUUUGUGUUGACAGUAUUGCUUUAUACAGUUCUUGUAUUUGAAAGGAAUCUGAUUCUUUCAAAUGAACAUGGUGUACAUUGUUCUUACGGGACUAUUUGAGUGGUGUAAAUAAUAAAUACCUUUUCUUAAAACA